GCCGUCGCAAUGGAAUCAAACAAGGACGAAGCGGAUCGCUGCAUCGAAAUUGCAAUCGCAGCGCUGAGGGACAGUCAGCCCGACAAAGCUAGACGAUUUCUCGAGAAGGCACAGAGACUGUUUCCCACCGACAAGGCGAAAGAUUUAUUAGAGUCUAUUGCUGAGAAUGGAGGACCUUACUCAAGUGAAGAAAACAUUGGCGAAAAUGAUGCUGCUGGUUUACGAAACAGAGGGCACAAAACUGACGAACACUCUGGACAUGGUGCCACAGAAUCAGCCAAAACAUACACAACAGAACAGAUGGAUGCUGUCAAAAGAAUAAAGAGGUGUAAGGACUAUUAUGAGAUUCUUGGAGUCACUAAAGAAGCCUCGGAGGAUGAUCUAAAAAAAGCCUACAGAAAGUUGGCUCUGAAGUUCCAUCCAGAUAAAAACCAUGCACCUGGUGCCACUGAGGCAUUUAAAGGUAUAGGUAAUGCUUAUGCAGUUCUUAGUAACCCUGAAAAAAGGAGGCAAUAUGAUGUCUAUGGUGAAGAAAAAGCCCACCCAUCUCGGCAUAGGACCAAUCACCAAAAUUUUGAGGCAGAUAUUUCCCCCGAGGACCUCUUCAAUAUGUUCUUUGGAGGUGGAUUUCCAACCAGUAAUGUGCAUGUGUACAGCAAUGGCAGGAUGAGGUUUGGCCAUCACCAACGACAUGAACGACGAGAACAGCCGAGAGAAGGUGGCCUUGCCUUGUUUGUACAGCUGAUGCCCAUACUCAUUCUGAUUAUUGUCUCAGCUCUUAGCCAGAUGAUGGUCUCGAACCCCCCUUACAGCCUCAGCCACAGACCAUCCUCUGGGCACACAAACAGGAGAUACACGACCACUCUGAAUGUGCCUUACUAUGUGGGCAACCACUUCUUAGAAGAAUAUACGGGAAUGAAUCUCAGGAAUGUUGAACAAAGUGUGGAGGAGGACUACAUAUCAAAUCUUAGAAACAACUGCUGGAAGGAGAAACAACAAAAGGAAGGGUUGUUGUAUCGGGCACGCUAUUUUGGAGACUCUGACUUGUACCAAAGGGCACAAAAAAUGGCAACACCUAGUUGCUCAAAGCUUUCAGAUGUACAGGUUCGAUUACAUGGACACUGAGUAGCAGAAAUAUAGUGUCCUGUUUUGAUGUUGUUCGAAAAUGAUAAUGUACAGCCAUGUCCUGCUCUCUUUGCUAAAAUGGGAUAUAUUAUAUUACAUUAGUUCAAGAGAAGAAAAGAUAGCAGAUCCUGGUGCCACAGGAGUUCAUUCACAUCUUUCCUUAAAAAUUUGAAAGUUACAACUCAUGGAAUCUCUUAAUAUGUAAUCUGAGAAAAGUAUUGAUUAAAAAUGUUUUAAUUAAAAACAAAAGCUUGGAUGCUUUGUUGGUAGAGAGGAAAGUAAACAGCUGUCAAAUGAUGAUCAGUGCUGCUAGCUUACUGCUUAUUCUUGUUACUUACCUCUUUUCUUUGCAAACCAUUUAAACACCCAUAUUUGGGUUUUCUGAGCCAGCUCUAAGAUUAGUAGUGUUUUGAUCUGUUUAUCUGACCACAGGAAAUUAAAUGAUUACGCUGGUGUCAUUUUGCAUUUAAUGAGUUAUUCACUGUGGUUUUGCCUGUUGGAUUUUUAGAUGAAUGAUUUAUGCAAAUGAGAUAUUAAUAUUUGUAUUUAUUAAAUGGUAUUGAACUAUGUUUUCAUUUAAUUUAUUUGUCAAGAUGGAAAAGGACAUUUAAUAAUAAUAAUUUUAACAAUGUGUCUUGUAAAGUGUAGAUUGAGGGUUCAAGCAUAUUCAAGUGCCUUGCCAGCUGCAGUCUUGCUGUAUACUGUAACUCUCUGCAUAUAUGUAAUAUAGGAAGGUAAAAAACAUCAAUGCCUGGCCUGAGUUGGUACUUAGACCAGAUAGCAACUGAACUCUUCGAUUAUUUUUUUUUUUAACAUUCUUUUUUUUUUUUUGUAAAAAGCCUGUAAUGUAUGCAACAUAGUUAUACCAAUAAGA